AUGUACGGUACGCCGCGUACGUCUCGGGUCAUGCGAGAGACACAUAUAAGUAGGUCCUCUGAGCAUCUGACCUCACUAGGACUUUCCAUCCCACAAUUCACCCGUCUGCCUCAUCCUGCUAUCCCUCAUUCUGUCGAGUUGCUGUCUUUUGUCGCUUUACCUCGCAAAAAGCCUAACCAACACUUUGAUCACCAACCCUUCACAACCGCCAACAUGCGUUUCGCUCCUAUCCUCGCCGGCUUUGCUGCCCUUGUUGCUGCCCAAGACACCACCACCGUUGUCGACACCACCAGCAUCGACCCCACAGACACCGCCGCUAUCUCGUCCAUUGCUUCCAGCGCGGCCUCUGUCUCCUCCGUCGUCAGCUCUGCCCUUGAGUCGGUGAGCACCUCUGCCGAGUCAGAGCUCAACUCCAUCAGCACCAGCGCCGACUCUGUGCUCUCCAGCUUCAGCUCUGCCAUCGCCACUGCCACCGGCGCCGACAGAGAUUCCCUCACCUCGGAGCUGGCCGGCUACACCUCCACCGUCGCUUCCCGUGUCAGCUCCGCCACCGAGGCUGCCGGGUCUGCCUCCAGCUCUGCCACCAACGCCGGCCCUCAACAGACGGCCGCUGUCGCCAUGGGUGCCCUCUUUGGUGGUGCCGCCCUCUUGGCCAAUUUUUAAAUCAGUCAAAGCGAUUUACGGUGUACAUGGAUGGAGCCUUCUGUAACAACAUUAAUGCUUUUGGGGUUUGGGCGGUGGGGAGGGGAGGGGGGUUCAAUGCUGGCAGGUUUCAAUAAUGGACAGGUGCUGGACAGAACACAGCAACAAGAUCGCUUUGGAAAUUUGGAGGGAUCUGGGAAUGAGGGGUUUGCUAGCAUGAGCAAUUAAUUGACGGGUAUUUCUUUUUGUGUUCAAUGAUAUCUGGUUUACUUAGUUUAAGGUUCUUUGUAUGAAUCUGGAUCCUGGUACUAGGGUUACUUUUUUGUUUUUUGUUACAACUGUGCCAUGAUUUUUAGUCUUUAUACCAAAUACAGAUUUCACUUGAAUCACA